ACCCCAUUUCCUCGGGUGGCCUAUCACAGGGCACCAGUAAUUGCAUUAGUGAAUAAGAACAGGAAAAAUCAAUCGAAAUUACUCAGUUACCAGUCAGCCAAAAGCGUAACUUUUAGAUUAACCAAUAAAAAAAGGUGCCUUUACGGCUGAGAAACUAUAAAGAAAUGAAAUUCAUAUAACUAAGUGUGUGCCAUUUCGAGAGGAAAAUCAGGACUAACAGAGAAUAUGUGACUAACCUGGAAAAGGAAACAAUCAUGGCUGAGAGUGCCAUAGCCUUUCUUCUCCAAAGAUUAGUAUCUGUGUUUGAGAAUGAGGUGACAUGGUUCCCAGGCAUCCAAGAAGAAGUGGUUCACCUUAAAGGACAUUUGGAGGUCAUAAGAGCCUUCUUAAGAGUUGCAGAUGCAAAACAAGAGAGUGACGAGGAACUCAAAGUUUGCAUUAAGCAACUCAGAGACAUUGCUCAUGAUGCUGAAGAUCUUCUCGAUGAACUAGAACUUGUCCAGGCAUAUGAUCACACAAAUGGAUUCUCUGUUAUUCUCAGUCGAUUUUCUGGCCAAAUCAGGCAUAUGAAAGCUCGCUAUCGGAUUGCUUCUGAUUUAAAAGGCAUCAACUCCCGCAUGAGAACUAUUUUGGGAGUCCUAGCUAAAUUUGACACUGCUUCACAGGCUUCAAAUUAUACAGGUAAGGCAUGGCAUGAUCAACGAGGGGAUGCCCUUCUCCUGGAGAACACUGACCUAGUGGGUAUAGAGGAGCCAAAAAAGCAGUUGAUCAGUUGGUUGAUCAAAGGAUGCCCAGGGCGUAAAGUAAUUUCUGUUACUGGUAUGGGAGGGAUGGGAAAAACCACUGUGGUGAAGAAAGUGUAUGAUGAUCCAGAAGUAAUAAAACACUUCAAAGCCUGUGUUUGGGUUACUGUUUCCCAGUCUUUUAAAACUGAGGAGCUUCUCAGAGACUUGGUCCAGAAAAUCUUUUCUGAAAUAAGAAGACCGGUUCCAGAUGGCCUGGAAAGCAUGAGGAGCGAUAAGCUGAAGUUGAUUAUCAAGGACAUGUUGCAAAGGAGGAGGUACCUGGUGGUAUUUGAUGAUGUCUGGCAUAUGCAUGAAUGGGAAGCUGUCAAAUAUGCAUUGCCUGACAAUAACUGUGGCAGCAGGGUCAUGAUCACCACACGGAAAUCUGAUUUAGCCUCUGCCUGCAGCAUACAAUCCAAGGGUAAGGUGUAUAACUUGCAACCCUUGAAAGAAGAUGAAGUCUGGGAUCUAUUUACUAGAAAGACCUUUCAGGGAAAAUCAUGCCCCUCCUACUUGACCAGCAUUUGUAAAUGUAUCUUAAGAAAGUGUGAAGGCUUACCCCUGGCAAUUGUAGCAAUCAGUGGUGUCCUGGCAAUGAAGGACAAGUGCAGGAUAGAAGAGUGGGAUAUGAUUUGUCAUAGUCUUGGUGCUGAAAUUCAAGACAAUGACAAACUUGGUAAUUUGAAAACAGUACUUGGCCUCAGUAUUAAUGAUUUGCCUUACUACUUAAAAUACUGCUUCUUGUACUUGAGCAUCUUUCCUGAGGACCAUCUGAUAGAGCGCAUGAGAUUGAUUCGCUUAUGGAUAGCAGAAGGAUUUAUUGAAGCCAAAGAAGGCAAAACACUGGAAGAUGUUGCAGAAGAUUACCUCAAGGAGCUCCUGAACAGAAACUUAAUACAAGUAGCAGGGACAACGACAGAUGGAAGGGUCAAAACUUUGCGCAUCCAUGAUCUCAUACGGGAAAUCAUCAUUUUGAAAUCUAAGGAUGAAAACUUUGCAACCAUUGUCAAAGAACAAAGUGUGCCAUGGCCCGAAAGGCUUCGACGCCUUUCAGUGCAUAACACCAUGCCAAAUGGACAGCAACAGAGGUCUGUUUCUCAACUCCGUUCUCUUCUAAUGUUUGGGGUUGCUGAACAGUUAUCCUUAUGCAAACUGUUUCCGGGAGGUUUUAGACUGCUUGCUGUUUUGGAUUUUCAAGAUGCACCUUUGCAGAAGUUUCCAGUAGCUAUCGGUGGCCUAUAUUGUUUAAGGUAUCUAAGCUUAAGGAAUACAAAGGUGAAUAUGGUUCCUGGAAAAAUAUUAGGGAAGCUGAAGAACCUAGAAACACUGGAUCUUAAGAAGACUUCCAUCACAGAAUUGCCUGCAGACAUACUAAAUCUUAAGAAACUUCGCCAUCUCCUUGUGUAUCAGGUUAAGGUCAAAGGUUAUGGAGAGUUCCAUUCUAAACUGGGUUUUAAAGCCCCCUCUGAAAUAGGAUACCUACAGUCAUUACAAAAGCUUUGCUUUGUAGAGGCAAAUCAAGGCUGUGGUAAGAUCAUUAGGCAGUUAGCGGAGCUAUGUCAGUUAAGAAGGUUAGGCAUCAGGAAUCUGAGAGAGGAAGAUGGCAAGGCUUUCUGUUUGUCCAUUGAGAGGUUGGUCAAUCUCUGUGCCCUCUCUGUUACCUCUGAGGGUGAGAAUAAAGUCAUUGCUCUAGAAUUUCUUUCUUCACCCCCUCCAUAUCUGCAGCGCUUGUAUUUGUCAGGACGCCUUCUAGACUUACCUGAUUGGAUGCCUUCUCUUCAUAACCUGGCCAAGUUGUUUCUGAAAUGGAGCUGUUUAGAACAAGAUCCACUAGAAUAUCUGCAGGAUUUGCCAAACCUUUCACAUCUCGAAUUACUUCAAGCAUACACCGGCGACACAUUGCAUUUUCAAUGUGGAAAGUUCAAGAAGCUCAAGAUUCUAGGCCUUGACAGAUUUGUUGAGCUAAAACAGGUGAUUCUGGGGAAGGAUGCAAUGCCAUGCCUAGAAAAGCUUAUCAUCCAGCGUUGCCAACUGUUGAAAAAUGUGCCAUCAGGCGUUGAACUCUUGACUAAGCUGAAAGUCCUGGAGCUUUUUGACAUGCCUGAUGAACUAAUGAAGACAAUAUGUCCACAGGGUCCGGGGAAAGAUUACUGGAAAGUUGCACAUAUACCAGAAGUCUUUUCUACCUACUGGAGAGACGGGGCUUGGGAUGUCUACCCACUGGAAAGUUUCAAAGACUGUUCUCCACGGUCUGGCACUGUCAUGCGCAGUGAUGAACGCAGCACUCUCUCAAAGGUGUAGCUUUAUAUUAAACACCAGCAGCAUGUAAAUUCAUGUAAAUAACCUAAACUUUGUACAUAGAAAUAAUUGUACAAAGUAAACCUCACUUCCUGUACAGAUGUCAGCACUCUGAAUAAAGGUGUAGGUUUUAAUUCACCUUUGUAUAAUCUAUGAUUAAUGUAAAUAGUGUAAAUAUUGCUCAAUAAACACACUGUAU